GAAUUUAUCCACUUCCAAUGGUCGUCUCAGAUAAACCCUAAAAACUGGGGUUUUGUAGUAGAGGGCAUUUAUAAGCGCCUUUUAACUGUCACAUAACCAGAAAGGCAUGUUCAGAGUAGCAAGAGGGCUGAACCUCAAGCUAUUCACCUUCCACCGCAAACCCCUCGCCCUCUCUCUAGCCAUGGCCAAAAAAGCUAGGGUUUCUGAUUUCUCAUCUGGCUUCCCCACUCAGCAGCGAGUCGUCGGCACUCACAACGGAAGCUUCCACUGCGACGAAGCCCUGGGCUGCUUCAUGAUUCGCCUCACCGACAAGUUCUCCGCCGCCGAAGUCGUCCGAACCAGAGACCCUCAGGUUCUGGAAACCCUAGAUGCGGUGCUUGAUGUUGGGGGAGUAUAUGAUCCGAGUCGAGAACGCUACGAUCAUCACCAGAAAGGGUUUGAAGAGGUUUUUGGACAUGGUUUCAAAACUAAGCUCAGUAGUGCCGGUCUUAUUUACAAGCACUAUGGGAUGGAGAUAAUUGCAAAGGAGCUUCAGCUUGACGAGGGGCAUCCAGAUGUGCAUAGGUUAUUUUUAGCUAUUUAUAAAAGUUUCAUGGAGGCAAUUGAUGCCAUUGACAACGGAAUUAAUCAAUUCGACACAGAACAGCCUCCAAGAUAUGUGAAUAACACCCAUUUGUCUUCAAGAAUUGGAAGAUUGAAUUUGGAUUGGAUGGACCUGGAUCAGUCGCCUGAGAAGGAGAAUGAAGCGUUUCAACGGGCAAUGGCUUUGGCUGGCAGUGAGUUUUUGGAUAGUUUAAGGUUUCAUGCGAAGUCAUGGUUACCAGCACGCUCGAUUGUUUUGGAGUGUCUUGCAGCAAGACAAGAUAUUGAUCCCAGUGGAGAAAUUAUGGUGUUGGAUAGAUUUUGCCCAUGGAAGCUUCACCUGUUUGAGCUUGAGGAGGAGAUGAAUAUUGACCCACUCAUUAAAUACGUUCUUUACCAGGAUGACAGGGCCAAACAGUGGCGGGUGCAGGCGAUGGCCGUAUCCCCUGAUAAAUUUGAGAGCCGGAAGCCUCUCCCGUCUCCAUGGCGAGGCUUGAGAGAUGAUGAACUGUCCAAGGUGGCUGGAAUCCCAGGUUGUGUUUUCGUUCAUAUGAGUGGGUUCAUUGGUGGGAAUCAAAGUUAUGAGGGCGCACUGGCUAUGGCAAAGGCUGCUUUGAAGCUUUAGGCUAGAACUAUGGAAGCGAUGUGCUUGCAUCUUGAUUACCUUCCGCCUUUUUUCAUGGUUCGAGGAUUUGAGGAUUGCCAUGCUUCCCUUCCAAUUUUGCAUGGCAGAGGCAAUGAAUGACAUUCAACACAAACUGAAAUUUAGAAGUUAUUUACCUUACAGUUGUGGAAUUAAAAUUGUGAUUCGAUAGGAUGAAGGUUUCAUUAUUGUGAGUGGAUUUGUGGUGUUCUUUUCUUCUGGGAUAUAGAUUUUCAGCUUCUGAAUUCUGAAGAGUCAUCUUUUUCACUCUUUUCCUCUCA